CCGUUUGUUUUGGUUUCUUAUUUCUCCUUACUCGCAAGUGAUUUUUCUUUUAAGUUGAGUUUUUGUUAUUAUUACCAAUAUGUUUAAACGCCUUGCACUGUCAUUACCGAAAAGAUUGUGUAAUCCACAAAUUAGGAGGUCAUCAUAUCAUUGUCUGGUAUCUGUAGAUGAGGUAGAUGGCAUUAGAAAUAUUGUUUUAGAUGAUCCAAAAACUAGAAAUAGUUUGUCAAUGUCGAUGAUGAGUCAGUUGAUUGAGGAAAUUAAGAGAGAUGAAGAUGAUAAGGAUUUGAGAGUCAUUCUUCUGGAAUCGACUGGUCCAGUUUUCUCUGCUGGACAUAAUUUGAAGGAACUUUCACCUGACAAGAGCUACGUAGAGAAGAAAAGUGUUUUUGACAAGUGUCAUGAAUUGAUCAAGUGUAUUAUUGACUCUCCAGUGCCUGUUGUAUGUAAAGUCAAUGGAUUAGCUGCCGCUGCCGGAUUACAAUUGGUCGCUUCGUGUGACAUUACUAUAUGCAGUAUAAGUAGUACAUUUUCAACACCCGGAAGUUCUUUUGGCAUCUUUUGUUCCACACCAGGAAUUGCUUUAAGAGUAAUUCCUCGUAUGAAAUCAAGUUAUAUGCUUCUUACCGGCUUGCCAAUAACAUCUGAUGAAGCACUGCGUGCAGGAUUGGUGAGCAAAGUUGUUCCACGAGAAGAACUUGAUGACGAAACGGAAAUGAUUUGCAAUGCAAUAAAGUCAAAGUCACGUGCUGUUGUGACACUUGGAAAGAAAUUUUAUUAUGAGCAACUUGGAAUGGGAUUAAAUGAGGCAUACAAAGCUGGAUCAAAAAUAAUGGCAGAUAAUCUGGAACUGUAUGAUGGCAAAGAAGGAAUCAAAAGCUUCAUUGAAAAGAGAAAGCCGGUGUGGAAAGACGAAUAAUUAACAUAGAUCUUUAAUUCGUUAUACUUUAUAGAAAUGAUUGCAUUUAUUAAUUGGUUUUUAAUGGAUUUAAAAAAGUUUUUUUAAUUGACUAUAAACAUAAAAUAUAUCAACAAUGAAUUAUAAGAGAAAUAAUUAAGACUAUUCAUA